CCCCGCUUCUGAAAUGACUAUAAAAGCUUCCCCCUGUGACUCACACUUUGAGAUCUCCCCACGGACAGAAGACGGAUCCAUUGGCCGGACGCCACGCCACGAGGACGCCUCUGCCGUUGAAGAACGUCGAAGGACAUGUGUACCAGAUGAACAUGAUACCUAUAUUAAUACUUCUCUGCAUCCUACCGCAACACCAUGGCCAAAACCUUGUCGAGUGGCCAUGGUCAGAAGCUACUGUCAGGUUUACCAGCAUCCAAGGAUCCUUUCCCAGGGAUCGUCGCCCAAACCUGGCAACUGUGGUACUACAUGACUCUGAGGUGUACCAUUCAAGUGACUGGGGUUGGGACCAGAAAGAUUGGUCCAGAACCCUAACUGGGACCUUUGGCGAGAAGAUUCAGGUAGGAUGCAGAAAAGUAGAGGGCUCUUCACAUGAGAAAGCUUCUAGUAUUGCCAUUGCCGGGAACUUUUUGGAAUCAAACAUUACAAGCAGCUUGCACCCCAACAUCACAGCAAACCUUUGCCAUACAACAGCAUGGGCAUGUGAGAAACAAGUUCCUUUCAUAUUGUGUUGUCGUCAAAGGAUGGUAGGUAAUUUUCCCUUAGACCCUAGUACUAACAAUGUGGAAAUUACGAGGCUUUGUAAAGACGAAUCUGGUGACUGUUGGCACAAUUUUACGCUGACCAAACCUACCUAUAUAACAUGCAAUUGGCAAAAAAUAGAUCAAUCGGGUUUGCAAGGUUUGGUUUACAAAUUUAAAAUGAAUGUCGUGGCAAAGCCCAUAUUGAGUAUGAUGGUAGUAUACCAGGGUGAAAAUGUCUCUUUAAUGGUGGAUGACAAAAAUAAGGUUUUCCCUCCUUUUGUGGUAUCACAAGGUGAUGACAUAGCAAUAAGAUGUGAAUUGAACAAUGGAACACACGCAGAACCAGUGCACGGUUACAAUAUAGGACCUCAUGGCCGUGUUUUGUCUUGUGAAUUUCAAAAUCAGAACUGUUGGUUAAAUCUAACCAAUAUACAGUUCUCCCAUAAAAUCAUGUGUGGAAAAAACAACACUAAAUGUUGGGGAGAACUUGAUGUGGAUGUUGUGAUGCCCACUUCCCAACCCCCGGUUGUGUUAACUCCAAAGAUUUUUGAAAUUGGGCCAUAUAUCAUCAAGAAAACUGGGCAACAACAAAUUCUGUUUAAUCCGACCUGGUCUCUCAAACAAGUAAAAUUGUUGAUGCAGAAUAACAUUUCAGAAAUCCAGCCAGCUUGCUUACCCUUUUUACAGACUUCUUUUGAGGGGUGGGAUACCUGGUUGCAGAAGCGUAGUCCUUCUAAGAAACGAAUGACAAGAGACAACCCGUGUCGUGGGAACAGGGUUGGGAAUUUUGAACAGCAUUGAUUCAGAAGUGUUGAUGAAUAAAUUAGCUGCCACAACAAGAGAUUUGACAAGACUGCAACAGCCCCUGUCCUCAUCUUUAUCAGCUUUGGGGACCCAACAAUGGUUGUUAUCAAAUAUACUUCCAAAUUGGGAAACAGUGCAUGUAAAUGACCACAAAUUAAUGAUUGAUGCACUUAGUAUUGCCCAGAAUAACAUUUCCCUGGCUUUGAGUUGUGUUCAGGCCCAACUGUGGAUGCAAUCGGUGGCUGCUUCCAUAAUUAGAGAGGGUGAAGAAGGUACUUUUCCCACCGAAUUUCGGAAAAUUAUUUGGGAUAGUGCCACUGAUUUUGAAAAGGAUUUUCAAUCUUGGUGGAAACUGGUAAAUUUUACUUAUGAUCCUAGCACAAAUAUGGCCACAGCUUUUGUACUAACUAUACAAAAUGCUUCAGUGUAUUCAGUUUUCCCUGUCAUUGCUUUAGGAUUGAAUCACGAUGGAGCUGUUCUCUAUCCUUCUGAACAUAGAGAAUGGGCCCGUCAGGUUGGUAAAAAAUGGCAAACUGUUAAUUUGGAAGCUUGCAUUGUCCGAGAACAACAAGGGUUCAUCUGUGAAGGUAAUGCAAUUAGAGCUCAGGACAUUUGCCUUGACACUGAACAGAAUGUUUGUCAUUUUGAGGUUUGUUUUAAUAAAAGUCUUGAGACAGUGCUUGUAUAUAUAGGCUAUGGUUGUGUAUGCUUAAGAACUAUUUGUGAUUCUGUGUUUGUAGAAGGUGUAGAAAUAGGUGUUAAAAAUCAUUCCAAUCUUUGUGUUUGUAAUUUUACCAAGAUUGAAGGAUGUGACUUUUCUUAUAUAGCUCCAGUUACUUCUCACUAUCUUUUGCAGACCAAUUAUACACUCAUUCACAAGUUAUUUCCUACACCCAUUGGGAUGAACCUUACUUUGGUAAAGCAAUUGUUGCUUCAUCGGGAUUUGAAUAACAUUCUAAAUAAAAUUAGAGAAGAUGGACAGAGAACUUUGGUGACAGUAUACCACAAUGUAGAAAAGAUACACCGUGUUUUGGAAAGAGUAAAAAAGGAUGCUGAACACAAAUGGUGGGAUACUCUUUUUGGAUGGUCACCUACAGCUACUGGAGUCUUGAACAAAUUGUGUCACCCUAUUAUUGUUCUUUUAAUUUUGGUAUUGAUUGGUUUUGUUUUAUCAGCAAUCUUAUACAUCAUGAAUUGGAAAAUGAUGAAACAAAUGAAACGAUUGGUUUUGGUAAUGGAUGCACACAAUUUGGUCAAUAGCUCGUUCGCCAUGGAUGUUCCCAAAGUUAUUGACACAGAGUGAAUUGCACUAACAGCAAAGUAAAGAUUGUUUGCUGUAUAUCUUAAAUUGAUUGUUGUGUUUUUGAUUUUUUGUGAUUUGUUUUGAUUGUUUGAAAGAAAAUUGUUUUAUUGUAAUUAUUAUUGAUUGAAAUUGUUUAACUAGAAUUGUUUGAUUUUCUAAUGAUUAAUUGAUUGUAAACUUAAUGAGAAAAAAUUAUUAAUAACAAUUUGUUUCAUUUCCUUUGUCUCUUCCUUUUGUUUUCCUCUUUCCUACUUUUCUUUAUCCCUCUACUCUUUUUCCCUAUUUUUCCGGGAUAUGCUACUGACGGCUUGAUGAGUCCUGAAGACUUCACAACCGCGCUGCUGAAUCAACGGAGUUUUCUUGACGACGAUCGUGAGUCACGGGGUGGUGUGAGAGUCGGGGCCCGAGGGUCCCUGGUUUUGCCUCACGACCUUCGUCAAGGUCCCCUGUCAAGGAAGGGACUGUGUGCAAGGGGCUCGGGCCUAACCCACGGUGUGUGUGUGUACCAAGCACUGAACUGCAGGUGUGACUACUGGACCGGAGCUGGCUCCCAUGGGAACUUGUACAAAGACAAUGGACGGCUGGACAGCCUGUGCUUACCUGCAACCAGGCCCAGACCUGCUUGGCCCAGACCUGCUCGAUCUAAACGGUUGCACCUGGUUCCCAGAGCAACGGGGCUCCUCACAAUGACUUUCGGGUGCUCCCUCCCGCUUCUGCCCGCCUUGGCCAGGUGCCCCCCGCUUUUGCCUAUGUUGGCCAGGUGCCCCCCGCUUCUGAAAUGACUAUAAAAGCUUCCCCCUGUGACUCACACUUUGAGAUCUCCCCACGGACAGAAGACGGAUCCAUUGGCCGGACGCCACGCCACGAGGACGCCUCUGCCGUUGGUAGCUAUAUCCCCCUGCCCCCCUUUCCUCGCUCUGUAUCCUAUUUUUCCUUUCUCACUCCCUCUGUCGCAAGUGUUGUUGGCACUCAAUAAAGGUGCAUUUGUUAUAUGAUUAAA